AUGGUUGGAUUGAGACCUAUACACAAUGCACUUCUGUGUGGUGCUUUGAUUGCACCUGGUAUGAAGUUGGCUCCAAUUCUUGCCAGAUCAUUUGCUACUACCACUCCCAAAUUCGCUCAGAAACACGUUGAUAUGGCCGACAUUCCUAUUGCCAAUAUCGGAGCCAUGGCCGACUUCUAUGUUCCACCAAGGAUAUGGAGUCAGCCUAUGAAGUACUGGCCUGUAUUAUUAGGUCGUAGAUUCCUUGUAUUUGCCAGUAACACCUACAGUAUUGUCAAAUACAAGCAAGAAACUGGAAACAGAUUAGACUUUAAUAGAUGGAAGGACGAAGGGAUUGAAAAAUUUGUCAAGAUGAAUAAAGUGUUUGCUGCUGCUUGUAAUCAAAAAGUUGGGAAUCUUGCCAGAGAAAAAUACCUUGUCAAGAAUUUGCAACAUGAAUGUGGAUCUCAAACCAUUGCUCGUUUAUUGGAAAGAGUUGUAACUUUCCCCUUGGAUUCCACAGUGAAAUGGGAUUUGGUUAGUAUUGAAAAAAAUCCAAAGAUUGUUUCAUUCAAUGCUAUUCCUGAUAGAAACAAUGUUGUAGUCUAUGUUCAAUUCAUCAUGAAGUUAGUUACCAAACAAAAAAUGACAAUCACCACUGACGACAAGGAACACGUUUCUGAAGUUACCAGUACUGAUUACUUGGUGUAUACUUUGAACCCACAUACCAAGGAAUCGGUUUUGGUUGGAAAAUUGUUUGAAUCAAACCCAGUUAGAAAGGUUUCUCCAGAUUAUGCUCAACAAGCCAACCCAGUUUGGUUAAAGAGAUUCACCGCAGAAACUGCUGACAUUUAUCGUACUGAUCCACGGUUGGAAUCAAAAGAUAAUUAG